UCUCAAUUAUUUUUAAUGUAUCAACAAGAUGGGUUUAACAUGUUACUUCAAAAAUGGGCAAAUCGAUUUGUAGAUACUAAUAUAAUUUCUGAUAUCAAAUUUGGAAAACUUUUUUUUCUCAAGUUGAUG